AUGAGCGCGGUCGUCGCGCCAGGAGAGGAAGCCCCCCGAAAACAUACCCGGUCCCGGACCGGCUGCGUUCGCUGCAAACGACGGCGUCAGAAAUGCAACCAAGAAAAGCCGAGUUGCGGAAGAUGCGUCGCUGCUGGGAGUCCGUGCAAAUACGAGAUCAAGCUGAAUUGGGGUGGGCGGCCUUUUCAGAAGUCGUCGUUUGGCAAGUGUCUCGAGAAUGUCGAGAAGCUGGAUGAUGUUGGGGGCGGUAAUGGCUUCAUUUAUUCAUUGGUCAACCCUUCUCAUAAAAAGGAUGAGGAUUUAUCGAACUCUCAGACACCGUCGAGGAGUUUUACCAUUGAUCUUGAAACUACUCAGAUCAGCCUUUCGCGAGACAUGACAAUAGGCGCGGUAUUAGGGUCCGAAGUCGUCCCCAGAGACUGUCGCCUGGAACCUAACUAUACUGGGGAUAUGGAUCCCAAUUCGCUAUACAUCCCUGACACCAUCUCUGCCGCUCUGCCACACUCACUAGAUCACACCUCCUUUCUCCCGCCAAUGGUUCGCUACCUGUUACAAUUCUAUCUCACAGAAACAAUGCGACUCACAGUCCCAAGCGCCUACGCCCGGACCGAGAUAUGCCGCUUCGUCGUGCCGCUGUCUCUGCAGGAGCCCUGUUUGCUCUACGCUAUAAUGGCAUUUGCAUCGAUCCACCUCAAGGCCAUGGGCAAGUUACCUGGAAAUGCAGAAAAGGUGUAUGAUACUAUGCAGCGGAACAGCAUCCGACACCUUCAUCAUCAGCUGGAAAAACGCGAUCCAAUAUCCAGAGCUGUUUCUUUGGCGACGGCGAGGACGCUCUGUCAGGCGCAGAUCUACGGUGGAAAACCAUCUUGGCGGGCCCAUCUCAACGAUGCACGAUCCAUUCUACAGUCAGCUCACUUCCGAAAUGAGCCAAUCGGCAGCUGUUCUUGUGGUUCUAUAAAAGAGUUUCUGUCCAGCUGGUACAACAACGCAGAAGCAUUGGCAGCCCUAACUCCGGUGGGGCUACUGAGUGGCCAGCUCGAGGUAAAUUGCCUCACAAACGCUCCCUUGUACUUUGACGUAUUCGGCGGUGUUAUGUCCGACCUUCCGGAUCUCUUUAGGGAGGUCGGCGCUUUGGUGAAAGAGCGUCGUCGUCGAGCUGGGCCUCGCACCCAACACGCAAUCUUGUCUGAGGGCGAUAUUGCCGCUGAAUCAGACGCGUUAAUACGGGAGAUCCAUUUCAGGUUGGAACGUGACGCCGUUGAGAAUCUCAGCCUUAGCCCACAGAUCCUUGCCCUCUCCACAAACGAAAUUCAGGAUUAUGCCUUGAGCAAUGCGGGGUUCCUAUACACUGCACUUCUGCAUCUUUAUUGUGGAGUCCAAGGUCUGGCUUCUUCAGCACCAGAGGCGCAAUUUUGCGUCGAGCAGAUAAUAAGGUGUGCGGAAAGCAUGAAUCUCUCAUCAGGAUUGUCACCGAGGGUCCUGCUUGUUAGCCCACUGUUCACCGCUGGGCUUUGUGCAAUAGGCCCUGCUCGGGAGAGCAUCAAGUUUGCAUUGACAGACAUCGGGCAGUGGAUGAAGACUCCACAUCUAAUCAAGACGUUGGCCCUUUUAGAGCAGAUUUGGCUACAGUUUGCUGGCGACUCCGAAGAGGAUGUUUGGUCUUGGUUUGAAAGAGUCAACUUUGACUUUCUCCCUUACUAG